AUUAUUUUUUCGGUCUGUAUACGAUGAAAAUCAAAAAAUAGUAUGUAGUUAUGUUACAAACAACUGUAUGCGCGGAUGUGUAUAUAAGAAAGGAUGGUUAUUUCUAAACCAGUUUCAUUGCUGCUAACACAUCAGACAGCAGAGUUUUUAACAGAACACAGUGUAAUAGAACUUCUUCGAGUGCGUGUGUGUCAUUGUGUAAGCAAAAAAAAAUAAUAAAAAGACAUCACAUCAUGGCAUCAUUGCAGGAACGUUUUGAAGCUGCCGCUUUAGAAGUCAGAUCGCUCACCAAGAGGCCUACUAACGAGGAACUGUUAGAGUUGUACGCACUUUAUAAACAAGGAACGAAGGGAGAUAAUACUACGAGUAAACCCGGCUUAUUUGACCUUAAAGCCAAAAAGAAAUGGGAAUACUGGAAUGAUGUUAAAGGAACCUCUACAGAAGACGCUCAAGAAAAAUAUGUAGCAAAAGUCAAUGAAUAUAUUAGCAAAUACAAAGAUUGAAUAGAGUUUGAUUUAAAAGAACAGCAAAUAAAAUAACGUUUAUUGAUGCAUAUACAUAUAUAUAUAUAUAUAUAUAUAUAUAUAUAUAUAUAUAUAUAUAUAUAUAUUGAUAAGGUGAUUAAGAAAUAAAACAAUUAAUGGAUUUAACAA